AUGGUCGGUCGCACCCUGAUAUGCACAGCUUGUCGAGCAAGCCUCCGCGGGGUUGUUCGCCUCCAGCCGAAACGAUCACAUGCCACCAAAACAUUUGAACCCCCGGUGAUGAAAAGGCUCACCGAUGUAAACUCAGUCUACGCACCCAAGAAAUUCGACGAUCUAGAGUCAACCGACCUGGCAGCGUACUGGGACACGAUUCCUCCCAGCAAUGAAGACCUUGAAUACGCCGAUAAGAUCUUCAAGCGGUCGCGCCACUCCCCCGUCAAGCUCUUCUCUGCGGCCAAAUUUCGCACGAUUCCCUUUGACUCCAACGAGCCGGAAGUCGCGUUCAUAGGGCGGUCUAAUGUUGGCAAAAGCUCGAUAAUCAAUGCGCUUACCGAAUCAGAAAUAUGCUACACAUCCAAGCAACCGGGAAAGACAACGGAGAUGAACGCUUUUGGGAUUGGAGGUACAAAGGGAGGAGAGUCCAAGAUUGUGCUACUUGAUAUGCCUGGAUAUGGAAAAUCCAGUCGCAGGGAAUGGGGUGUUGAAAUCAUGAAAUAUCUACAACAAAGAAAACAACUUCGACGAACAUAUCUUCUCAUUGACUCUCUACACGGUCUCAAAGACACCGACAAGGAAAUUCUAUCCUUAUUCCGCCAAUACGGCAUCUCCCACCAGAUCAUCCUAUCCAAACUCGACCGAAUUCUUGUCUCAAAACUCAACAAGGGAAUCAAAGAGUUCACCCAUGGAAAGCGCGAGAUCAGACGCAGCAAACUCAAGAAUCUCAAGAAGGUAAUGGAAGAACUGAGACCAAUUAUCCAGCCGAUUGGUGCUGCUGCGGGUCCCGGAAGCCUGGGCGAGAUGCUCGGCUGCACCACACUCGCAAAGCUUUCUCCUCCGAGCCGGAAUUGUCUGGGUAUCAGUGCUAUCCGUUGGUCGAUUCUUCAGGCUACCGGGCUUGCUGGCGGUUUCAAGCCUGAAAUAGUCCAAAGCCCCUCAUCUCCCCAGGAGCCUGCCAAUAAUACCAUUACACCGACAUUUACAUUCGACGAUAAAAUGUAA